AUGGGUCAACAAUCUAGUAUAUUAAAUGGAUUAAUGGAAGAUACAAAUUUCAAUUAUGAAGAAAUAGAUCGAUUACGUAAACGAUUUAUGAAAUUAGAUAAAGAUGGAUCAGGAGAAAUUGAUAAACAAGAAUUUUUAUCAAUACCAGGUAUAUCAUCAAAUCCCCUUGCAACUAGAUUAAUGGACGUAUUUGAUAAAGACGGAGAUGGACAAAUUGAUUUUCAAGAAUUUAUAACUGGAUUAUCUGCAUUUAGUGGAAAGAGUUCAAAUUUAGAGAAGUUACAAUUUGCAUUUAAUAUUUAUGAUAUUGAUAGAGAUGGAUAUAUAGGAAAUGGAGAAUUAUUUAUUGUGAUGAAGAUGAUGGUUGGUAAAAAUUUACAAGCUGAAGAAUUACAACAAAUUGUGGAUAAAACAAUGAUGGAAGCUGAUUUAGAUGGUGAUGGGAAAUUAAAUUUUGAUGAAUUUAAAAAGGCAGUUGAUUCUCAAAAAAUUGCAAAUACUUUAACAUUAAAUAUGUUUUAA